CAAAUGGGAAAGUGUUCUUGGUCAGAGGAAGAAAGUGGGCUGUUCAAGAUUUUGGUGUGCAUAAUUCUCUGCCCCCCAAUCCCUCUUUACUUUGCUUCCUUCGCUGGCGGACGGAGCUCAAGUCGUUCUUUAGCUUUUUCAAUUCAACGUAGGGAAUCCUCGUACCUGACAACCCAUUGUCUAAUUUCAUUCAAAUUUGGUGGAAAAAUAUUUAUUAGAAGUUGCACCUGUCGAGUCUGCUUCAAAAUACAAAGGUACACAGAAAGGAUCAUUUGAGUGCGUCGUUUAAAUGAGAUUGGAGAUGCUCCUGUCUUUGCUGCUGUGUGCCAUCUGUCCACUCGUCCUACCGUCCUCCUCUACCCCCAGACACGCGUCAGAUGACUCCAGACUCCUACAGGUGACCAUCCCUACGACCCCUCCCUUAUCUGCCAUCUUGGGGGGCUCUCUUACCUUACCUUGCCUGGUGUCUCUGUCCCACCCGCCCCCCAACACGAAUGGCCGCCACGCCGUCCUCUCCCUACCCAGGGUCAAGUGGAGCGUUCUGUCCCAGGGGCAUGAGACUGAGAUCCUGGUGGCCCGAGGGGACAGGGUGAAGGUCAGCGAGGCCUACAAGGACCGAGCCUCCCUGCUCCAUUAUGCUUCCUCCCCAGCCGACCUCACCCUGAGGCUGGAUGGCCUGCAGUACAACGACUCUGGCUUCUACCGCUGUGAGGUGCAGCAGGGCCUGGAGGAUGCCGACGGUGUGGCUCAGGUCAAGGUCAAAGGGGUGGUGUUCCACUACCGGGAUGCUUCCAGUCGCUAUGCCUUUACCUUUGCGCAGGCCCGGGACGCCUGUGAAGAGAUCGGGGCUCACAUCGCCACCCCAGAGCAGCUCUUGGCAGCCUACCACAGUGGCUAUGAGCAGUGUGAUGCAGGCUGGCUCUCAGACCAUUCAGUGAGAUAUCCCAUCCAGAUGCCACGAGAGGGAUGUUUUGGAGACAUGGACGGGCAUCCUGGAGUGAGGAACUAUGGGCUGCUGGAACCUGAUGAGCUGUACGAUGUAUACUGUUAUGUGGAGAACAUAGAGGGGGAAGUGUUCCAUGGCUCUGCCCCCCGAAGUUUCACCCUAUGGGAAGCUAAGGCCUAUUGUCUGGCUCAGGGAGCGGAGCUGGCUACCACAGGUCAGCUGUAUGCAGCCUGGAAUGACGGACUGAACGCCUGCAGCCCGGGGUGGUUGGCUGAUGGGAGUGUACGCUACCCCAUUGUCACUCCCAGGGAGCGUUGUGGUGGAGGGGAGCCUGGGGUCAGGACUGUCUAUCGCCAUUUGAACCAGACAGGCUUUCCAGAGGCACACACUCGCCAUGACACUUACUGCUUCCGAGGCAACAGCAACACUCACACCGAAUCUCCCCAUGAUUACCUGGCAACAGAGCCAGAGGACAUUGGCCAGGACAUUGUGACGGUGUUUGAGCCUCUGGAGGAAUUCAGCCUGAGUCAGGUGACGGAGCAGGUGGUGAGCGAAGAAGUUCAGGGCUCCCUGACUGCCCUCCCUGUUCCAGAGGAGCAGCACCCAUCAGAGCAUAUAGAGGAGCAGGGGGCUGUCCCUGGAGAGCAGUACCCAGAGCAGGGGGCUGUCCCUGGGGAGCAGUACCCAGAGCAGGGGGCUGUCCCUGGAGAGCAGUACCCAGAGCAGGGGGCUGUCCCUGGAGAGCAGUACCCAGAGCAGGGGGCUGUCCCUGGAGAGCAGUACCCAGAGCAGGGGGCUGUCCCUGGGGAGCACGGAGAAGAACAGGGGUUUGUCCCUGGAGAACACGGAGAGGAGCAGGGGGCUGUUACUGAGGAGGCAUACAUCAAGGAGGACGGAGAGGAGCAGGAGGCUGUGCCUGGGGAGCACGGAGAGGAACAGGAGGUUGUUCAUGGGGAGCAGUACCCAGACCAGCCUGGAGAGGAGCAGGGGGCUGUCGAUGGCCAGGGCCCUACUGUUGUCUAUCACGAGGAGCUACCCUUUCCGGUUGAACCCCAAGACCCAUUCACCCCCACAUCCUUCCUCCAAGACCUGGAGCCCACAGAGGACACCUGGCAGCCGGUGAAAGAGGUCAGCAACCCAGAAUCAUAUCAGCCUGCCCCUUCGGAGGCAAACUUAGAUUCAAACUACCCAGUCACACCCUAUGAUGAGCUGAAUGCAAACCCAACACUGUAUCCACCUUCUCCCAAGACAAAUUAUGAAUCAGGUGAUCUUACCACUGCUCAUGAAGACAAAAUUGGUAGCCCCGAUCCCUUCCAGCCCUCGUUAGAGUCAAACGUGGAAUCAGGAGAGCCCUCUAUAGAGGGUGUACCAGGGACUGCUCUGGAGGCCCCCGUGCCCACCACAUCAUAUGAGGAAGUGGACGGGUCCAGUGAUCCACAUCCCAUGCCUGGCACAACCCCUGAGAGUGGUGAGCCAACAGUGUCUCAGUAUGGUAUUUCAGAGGAAAGCCAUAUGCAAACAGAGAUCACCCAGGAGACUGAUCACUACACUUUUACCUCUGAGACCGCAGGCUCUAAUGUAUCAGGAGUUGAAGCCACUACUAGGUAUGACAGCUCUCCAGAGGAGCAACUGGAAAGUGGGCUGCCCACACCUCCUGAGGAGGACCACUCCGGAGAUGAGCAUGUCAUCCAGGUGGAGCAUGUCACAGACAUGGUCUACCCAAGCACCUCUUACGACCUCUCAGGAGGGUCCAUCAGGCCUGAGGGAGCCAUCGCUGGGGGUGUCGAGGAUACAUCUGUAUCUUCCUCUUCACCUCACGAGGAAACAGAGCUCUUCCCUGACCAGUCCACCACUCAGCCUCCAUACUGGGAGAACACACCUGAAUACCGCCGAACCAACUCUGUGGACCACAGUGCCAGUGUCCUUCUCCCUGAGGAGCAUACCACAUCACUGGACUCAUUGGUCAUCCAGACAGGGGAGAACAGUGGCUCUGCUACUGCUGAGUCAGGAGACCUGGCUACCCUAAGCCCAGUGGAGAUGGACCCCUAUGAACUGAUCCCUACCUCUGAAUAUGCUUAUGACCCCACUCAGGAGCAGUCUGGUGUCACGUCACCCGACUCCUCUACCCUAGAUGACCAUGUGGAGCAGGAGGCAGGAGGCACAGUGGACUCAUUACCAGAAGUUUCCAUGGGUUCCACUGACCAGGAUGAGCACACUGACCUGGGUUCAGUUCCAACUGACAAAGUCCUUACAGUUAUUUAUGACACUGACUCUAGUGAAGCCUCGGGGGUCCACAAGGGAAUGCUUGACGUUACCCACUUGACAUCCCCCAUACCUAUAACCUAUUCCCCCCCGACCCAGCGUUCCGUGGAAGCAGAGGCCAGCUCCCCAGGUGACUUCAUAACCUUCAUCCCAGAAUCCAGCGUUCCAUCUGGGUUUGAUCCCCUCGAGGAAAGGCUAGAGAAGGUGGAGCAAGAGGGGUUGGGUGAAAUCCCAGAAGUAGUCAAAACUACUACCCCAGAGACAGCUUCUGGUGAGGAGGUGAGUAGAGAUGAGGAGAAUGGUCAGGAGGUGAGUGGAGAAGAGGAGAGUGGUCAGGAGGCGAGGGGAGACGAGGAGAGUGGUCAGCAGGUGAAUGGAGAUGAGAAGAGUGGUCAGGACACGAGUGGAGACAAGAAGAGUGGUCAGGAGGCGAGUGGAGACGAGGAGAGUGGUCAGGAUGUGAGUGGAGAUGAGGAGAGUGGUCAGGAGGCGAGUGGAGGCAAGGAGAGUGGUCAGGAGGCGAGUGGAGACGAGGAGAGUGGUCAGGAGGCGAGUGGAGGCGAGGAGAGUGGUCUGAAGGUGAGUGGAGAUGAGGAGAGUGGAAACGAGGACAGUGACCAGGUGGUGAGUGGCCAAGAGGGAGUGGAGUCCAGCUUAGGAUCAGACGAGGAGCACUCUGAAUCUGCUGAAUCUGGAGAAAGCACAGGGAUCCUUGAACCAGACGUCCCUUACAUGAAUGAAACUGUCACUCCCAUCAAUGGCACAACUGUCAAUAGCACAGAUGAAAGUGAGCCUGAGUCGAGCACAGAUGCGCUCUCUACUGAUACGGAGAUCACGCUGCUCCCUGACUUGUCCCAGACCCCCCUGCCCUCCCCUACUGUACCCCAGGAGUCCCGGGCCGAUGCAAAUCUGGAGUACAGUGGGGAGACCUCAGUCACUGAGGACCCUGACUCCAUCACUCCACUCACUGAGGAGCCUGAGGAGACCCCCAGCCCGACGCCCACCACAGAGGACUACAAUGACCAGGCUACGACGGCAGCACCCCUAUAUCCAGAGGACGUUGAUGAGGAGAAACUGAUUACCACUCCUACUACUCCAAGAUUUGGGAACAUUUCAGAUGCCUGCCUAGAGAAUCCUUGUUAUAACGGGGGAACAUGUGUUGACAGUGGGUCUUCAACCAAGUGCCUUUGCUUGCCCACCUAUGGAGGAGACAUGUGCCAGACAGACCUGGAGGUGUGUGAGCCGGGUUGGGAAAAGUUCAUGGGCUUCUGUUACCAACAUUUCACCAAGCGUCAGGGCUGGGAGGUGGCAGAGCAGCACUGUCGUAUGUGUGGCGCUCACCUGAUCUCGGUCAUGACCCCUGAGGAACAGGACUACAUUAAUGAUAAGUACAGAGAGUACCAGUGGAUGGGACUGAAUGACAGAACCAUAGAGGGAGACUUCCGCUGGUCUGACGGGAAUCCUCUGUUGUAUGAGAACUGGUACCGGGGCCAGCCUGACAGUUACUUCCUGUCUGGAGAGGACUGUGUGGUGAUGGUAUGGCAUGACGGGGGGCGCUGGAGCGAUGUGCCCUGUAACUACCACCUCUCCUACACCUGCAAGAAGGGCACCUCUUUCUGUGGCCAGCCCCCCGUCAUUGCCAACGCCAAGGUGUUUGGUAAGUCGCGUCUGCGCUACGAGACCAACUCCAAGGUGCGCUACUACUGUGAAGAAGGAUUCCUCCAGACGCAGAACCCCGUCAUUAAGUGCCUAUCCAACGGCCAAUGGGAGGAGGCUCUGAUCACCUGUCACCCUGCCCUGAGCAACUUAGCAGAGGGAGAGCAGAAGGUCACGACGCCACCCUAUCAGAACGAGGGGGUGGAGGUGGUGGACACAGCCACGGAGAAAGCCACUUCAGAGUUCUGGGACAUCAAGUGGAACUAAUAAGCUCAUCAAACUCAAUAUGCCCCUUCCCUCUGCCCCCUUCCCUGGUAUCUUAUGUUCCACUCAGACUGUCCAACCUUGUCCCUCCAACAAGGUGGAGCCUUGUAAAAUAAAUGUUCUCCCUGAGAACGAGUCAUCACAUUCCUGUCACCAGCUCUUUCCAGAAUAAACCCAUUUAGAACAUCAACAGACUUGAUCAAUCACACUUACAAUAAGAGUACAUCCCAACAUAAGGCCACUAUUAGAGGAAAUGGAUCAAAUUUGCACAGUACAGUUUGUCAUUGGAAUGAGCUUUAACGAAGAUGUCCCAUCCAUCAUUGGGCUUGUUUGUUGUAUGUGAUUGUUGACUAGUGAAAUACUUCAAUAUCCACCUGUGCUACGACACUGUUGGAUUACUGUAUUUGACUGCUAGUAACAUAUAUUAUGACAUGUUUAUGACGGUAUACAGUAUGACUUUGAUGGAGAGUUUUAGUAAAGUGCAACCUAAAUCUCAACCUCAGCUGGUCUGACAUUAACUGAAGCCACUUUCCCACUCUCUGCCACAAAGACAGAAUUAAGAUUUCCACUUUGGUAUGCUUUUUUAUAAGAAAAUCUUCUUCUCAAUUCCCACAACCCAAAGCAUUUUCUCAGCAUGUCCUCUUAUCUGGUGCUUUGUUUUUCAGGUGUCUUACGAACUUUGGACCCAAUAUUAGAAGCCAAUAUCCACUUUAAAGUACUUGGUUUGAAAAUAGGCAGAAUCCAAAGUUUGUUAUUUUAUACUCUCGUAAAAACGUAAUCACUAAGAUACUAGGAAGAAGAUGUGAAAAUGUCCACAAUGGUAUUUCAGUUUUCAUGCAUCAUUAAACACUACUUUACGUUGGUAGUGUUUAACAGUAAUCAAAUAACGCUAAUUGUUAAUCCCAUUUGUGACUGCACAAUUACAUAAUGAACUUGUUAUGAAAUAAAAAAGGUCAUUGUAAAACUAAUUAAAACUUAAUUUUGUAA